GCUGCCGCCGCCGCCGCCGCCGCCGCGCGAACAUGGCGGCCGAGAUCCACUCCAGGCCGCAGAGCAGCCGUCCGGUGCUGCUGAGCAAGAUCGAGGGGCACCAGGACGCCGUCACGGCCUCGCUGCUCAUCCCCAAGGAGGACGGCGUCAUCACGGCCAGCGAGGACAGGUGUUCCAAUGGCCUUGACUUUCUCCUCCCCCAGGCUCCUCAGUGGUUAGAGAGUGAUUCUUGCCAGAAAUGCGAGCAGCCCUUUUUCUGGAAUAUAAAGCAGAUGUGGGACACAAAGACACUGGGGUUGAGACAGCAUCACUGCCGUAAAUGUGGGCAGGCUGUGUGUGGGAAGUGCAGCAGCAAGCGCUCCAGCUACCCUGUCAUGGGCUUCGAGUUCCAGGUCCGCGUGUGCGAUUCCUGCUACGACUCCAUCAAAGACGAGGAUCGGACUUCUCUAGCAACCUUUCAUGAAGGAAAACAUAACAUUUCCCACAUGUCCAUGGACGUUGCUCGGGGACUGAUGGUGACCUGUGGGACCGACCGCAUCGUGAAGAUCUGGGACAUGACGCCCGUGGUGGGCUGCAGUCUGGCAACUGGGUUUGCCCCACGUUGAUCCGGGAGCUGGGUGAGGUCUGCACCUUCCCCGUGGCUCCCUUUACCAACGCAGCCCUUCCCCGUGGCUCCGCGGUCACAGUCACGGGAACGGACAGUAGCCACUAAAAAAACAAAGCAACAUUUUUAAAGAGAAAAAAAUGUAAGGUGUGUUUGGGGGCAUUUGUGGAACUACCUGUGGGGACGAAUAUGGAAAAAAAGUUCAUCUGUAGUGGUUCCCUGAGGAAAGGAAUGACUUCAGUGAGACUUCCUCAUGAACAGUGAGCUCACGUGUGCUCACGGAGUCAUUUGGCAAAUGAGAGUUUUAGAGGAAAAACUGUUGAACGAAAGUGUUAAAGCAGUUCCCAGUGCAAACACCCCUCCCCUCAGACUUGCCGGCCUUCCCCAGGCGCCUGUGGCUCUGUGGUUAGAGCAGGGAUUAAGGGGAGGAGGACUUGCUGUCUCUUUCUUGAGGGGUGCAGGAGGACCCCAAGAACCCAGAGAUCUCUCCUUCCCCACUGGCAGUAUGAGAAUCCUCUCUCCACAUAGUGAUUCUUCUUGAAGAUCUCUGUUCUCGGCAGGUAGCACCAUUCCCUGCACUUGGUAUUUGGAGCGCUCAUUUCCUCUUCCCGGCCAGCCAGUAAGCCAGGGGCCAGCCUUCCCAGUUGUUACUAAGUGAGCCGUAAAAUUGCUGCAUUAACCGAGGCGGCGCGCAUCCUUCCCUUUCCCCCAAAUGUGCUGUGAGGACAGAACGUUUUUAUGGUGCUGUUAACGUGGGAGUCACACAAGCCGUCCGACUGUCUCACUGCUGUCAGGAACGACUCGGGGUGGUGAAGGGAGAUGAUCAGGCUGCUCCAUGGGACAGCCCAGUCCCAAAAGGACGCAUUCUGUCUGUAGUUCCAUGAUGAUGGGCCCCUGCGGUAUUGUGGCAGUUUAAUAAUAAUACACCUCAGAAAAGAACUCCACAACUUUCCAAACUAUGUUGACUUUUUGUUGUAAGGAGUAUUAUUAACAUCUCAUAGAAGGGAAUUAGUAACCCAGAGCAGUAAGCGUUAAGCAGGUCCUGCGCAGUCAUUCCUAACUCGUAAAUUGCUUUCCUAGCCACUAGCGAAUUCUCCUUUAGCAAAUGGCAUUUUAAAAGUUUUUGGCCACUUAGUACCAAGAUGGGGAAGAGGUGGGGAAUGGGAGAGCCUGUCUUUUAAUAUUCCCAUAUUUAUUUCUUUGUUUUUAACCAUAGUACACAUACCUAUUACUUUAGGGCUAUGCAAGUGAGUGGAGAGAGGCCUACUUUUCUUAAAGACAAAUUUUAAAAUAGAUAGCAACCGUAUUUUUGUUAGUCUUACUAGUGGAUAUUGAUAAAAACUCACUACUGCGUCACUGUGUUGGGAUCAUAUCAAGACAGCAUGGUUGUUAUGUGUGAUACCACGAAGGGAUUGAAUCUGUUUUUUAACAACAGAGAGGGACUAUAAUGUUUAAGACAGGUAAUUAAACUAAGAGGUCUUACUAGCCAAGUGACACAAAUAAUAAGGAAAGGAGGUCAGGCACCUCAUAUUCUAGAAUGAUCUGCAUUAAAAAUUGACUUGCUUUCAGGAGUAAGACUGAAGGGUUUUGUUUCUCUGUGUAAUUUUUGUUUUCUGUCACCUGAAAGAGGUGUUUCCUUUAAAAACUUCCUGUCAGUCUUUGCAAAACGUAGGAUACUAAUACAGGCUGGAAGGACACUGGGGGGAUGGGAUCCUACAGGGCAGUGUUGAGUGUUAGCUCUUGUUCAGUUAAUGGUCCAGCUCACACAAAGGUGCUAUCCUGGGGAUUUCAUGACGUCCUGAAAGGAAAAUAGGAUAUGAUCUGUUUCUUGCCAUGUUGAUGAGUACUGAACUGUGGUUUUGUUUGCCUUUAACUUCUGUAAAAUGUGAUUUUAUGAUGUCUGUGGUAGACUGAGCACAAUUUCACACUGUAGCUUUUAGCCUUCUUUUAUUUUAAAAAAUUCUGAAUGAAAAACCCAGUGUUCUAGAGAGAAUAUAAGGUUGUGAGAGCACCUCCUAAGGGGUUAAGCUAAUAUAAAUCAAAGAGGAAAGGCAUUAUGUAAGGAAGAAUUGGAGAGGGGCAUCCGGAAAAGGAAAGAAUGUUUCAAUUAACUUUUCUCUGCACCAGAGCCUCCUAGCACUUUUCAUUUUAAGAACUCAUGUAGCGGGCUUGUCUUGUCUCUACUACACACAAGGGAGCAAAUGGGGUAAUAUUUUUUAUAGAGGUGGGCAAAAAUUAUUUUCUCAAUUCUGCUGACUGGACACAUAAGGACGAUCCAGUGAGGCUUCUAGUUAUUGCCUUAUUUUGACUGUGUUACUCUUAAACCGGUCAUUUAAAAUAGCUCUUCAAGUACCAGUUCAUGGUUUUUCCAUUCCUGAAUACUCAGCUAAUUUCUACAACUAGGGAUUAAGAAGUACAGAAUGUUAGAGAAGAUCCUUACGUUUUAGAUCUAGUAUGUCUGCAAUAAGGAAAUGUCAAUUCUUCAUUCAAGACGUGUUCUCAGAUUGCCCUUUUUUUUUUUUUUUUUUUUAGUGCAAAUGAUAGAAACACCCCCAUGGCAUUAGCUGGAAACAGGUUAUUCAGUAUACUGUAAAUCUCUGUUUACAAUGUCCUACUUCUGUCCUGCUGCCUGGAGGAUAUGAAUAAAAAUAGUGCUCUAGAAUGCCUCACUUGGUUCUCCCCUAAAGAAUUCAAUUUGCUUGUACCUACAUUUUUAAACUGUUGAAACUGGCCUAAAUAUGUAAUAAAUUCCAUAGUGACUCAGACCCGAGGAAAUAUUUUCUAAAAUGAGGUUUCAUUCAGUUACUUACUACUUCCAUUACUGGAUCUGGUGUCUUCUAAAAUGUAAGGAACCAGUUACUAUUAAUGAUAAACCAUCUGCUCAUUAUAAAUGUGAGGUUUAACAAAUAAGUAAUACAUGCUCCAUUUAUUCAAGUGUCUAUUGCUUAAUUGUUAAUUGUGAGCAGAUUAUUGAAUGCCUACUCUGUUUUCUGCAGUUUACUAUACAGUAACUCUUUGAGUAAAUCGUUUCAUUGUGCAACAAAUUUAUAUUAGAAUACAAUUUAAAGUGUUUUACUCUAUAGCCUUUUUGACUGGGGAAGCAAAGGGCAAUGUUGAUUAGUACAUUUUGUCUUGUACUAGCUAUGUUUCUAUAAGAUACGGUGCCCCGUGUAUCCCAGAGAGUUAGAAAACUGUUCUUUUGCUCCUGUUUGUGGGUUCUGUUUUUGUGUUGUUGUGUUUUUUUUUGAGAAUAUACAUAUACAAUAAAAUGUUCCUUGCUUGUUA